UUCACCUUCCAGUAUAGAUGGAAAUGUGGCAACACUGCUCACAAGAAACUCACAAUAAGAAAAAUGCGUUAUUCGAAAGGUUGUAAUAUUGUAUAACUAUUUGAAAAAAAAAAAACUAUAUUUUUCUACUGAUUGUAAAAUGUCAGUUAAUCCCGAGAGCGUAGUUGUUUGCCAGAAUGAAGAUGAAAAGCAAUAUCUUGAUUUAAUACGCAAAGUAUUGAAUUAUGGGAAACGACGUAUCGAUCGCACAGGAGUUGGUACUCUAUCAUGUUUUGGCGCGCAAAUGCGUUUUAAUUUACGGAAUAAUACGAUGCCACUACUCACAACCAAACGAGUUUUUUUCCGAGGUGUAGCUGAAGAAUUGCUCUGGUUUAUCAAAGGAAGUACAAAUGCUAAAGAAUUACAGGAAAAAAAUAUUCAUAUUUGGGAUGGUAACAGUACGCGGGAUUUCCUGGAUUCAGCAGGUUUCACAGAUCGUGAAGAAGGUGAUCUGGGUCCCGUGUACGGGUUUCAAUGGCGUCACUUUGGAGCGAAAUAUAAAUCUUGUCAUGACGACUAUUCUGGACAAGGUGUGGACCAGUUAGCAGAUGUUAUAAGGCGCAUACAAACAAACCCGAGCGAUCGUAGAAUCAUUAUUAGUGCAUGGAACCCAAUCGAUAUACCUCAAAUGGCGUUGCCGCCUUGUCAUUGCUUGGCUCAAUUUUAUGUUGCAGAUGGUGAGCUUUCUUGUCAAUUAUAUCAACGAUCUGCAGAUGUUGGGCUCGGUGUACCGUUUAAUAUCGCAAGCUACGCGUUACUAACGCACAUGAUCGCUCAUAUUACAGGAUUACUGCCAGGUGAUUUUAUUCACACAACAGGAGAUACUCAUGUAUAUCUUAACCAUGUGCAGGCUUUGGAACAACAAUUGGAUCGAGCAGUUAUGCCAUUCCCAACUAUUCACUUCCAACGAACAGUGAAAUCAAUCGAAAAUUUUCGAUUCGAAGACUUCGAACUUCGUGGCUACAACCCACAGCCAUCAAUAAAAAUGGAAAUGGCUGUUUGAUUUAAAAAUUAAAUAGAAUUUCUAUGGUUUAUCAUAUGUCUUCAUAAUCGUCAAUAUACAUUGUUCAUGAAUAAAUCAUUA